AUGCCUUUCCCCAGCCUUCGACGCCGUACCGUCGACGAGCCUCUUCCGCCUCAGCAGGAGAACAGAACACCACCACCGUACCGAGCACGGUCCACGACCAGUUCGGGCCUUUCUCCCCGCAAGAGUCUGCAGUCCGUCCUAGGUUCCGUUCGGAAGAAGACCUCGCCUAGCAAGCCAGACAUCCUUGAGGAAGAAGUGUACUUGUCUUCUGAUCAGGUGCAGUCGAGAGCCUGGAGGACGCCAUUUCGAACUCCCAGUCCGCACCCUGCGAAGGCGUCGUUGACCACCUCACAAUUGAGACUGACCAAGUCCGAGCCACCAAGAACAUUCCUCGAGACUCUGGCCAAUGCAAUCCGGGCACCUGCAGCGUUGUUCUACAAAGAUAAGAGAGACAAGACUUCCGAGGACAGCGCUCCUUUGGUCAGCGAUGAGGUCGACUCCGACGUCAAUCCUCCCUCACCCACCAAGACGUUGAGCUCCAAGAAAUCAGUCAGAUUCCAGCCUGGACAAUCAAUCAUUGAAGAUGAGCCCCGAGCCGUCCCUAUUGAUAUCCCGAACUCGACACCAGCCCUGCCUCCAAUGCAGCUGGCAACGACGCCACUACUCCAAUGUUUUGUGAGAGAUCACCGAGAGAUGAUACCCAGUGGGAGGCCCCGGAGCCCAGCCGUGUUGGAUUCCACCUUGAAGUUCCGGCAAGCUAUGGCUGAGGCACAAGAGUACAUGGAGAAUAACCUUCUUGCCAUUCCUCCUCUCGGCAGUCCGGUGUCAGAAAUCGCUUCUCCUCUGGCUGCAAGUCACCAACUGGAAAAUCCGUUCGAAGAUCCGAAGGAAAAACAAUUUCUUGCCACCAAUGAAAAGAUCGACGAUGCAUCAGAGACAACUUCUGUGAACACCGGAAUGGCGACCACCUCUUCCAACUCGACUGCAGAAAGUGACAAAUACGACGUUUUCCCGGACCUAGCUGGUGAGAUCAACCUUUGCGACAUUCUUCGUGUGACGCAACGCAAACAAUCUGACAAUGUCACAGAGCUUCCUUCCAAUACAACAUUCCUUGACCAACGCCAUGGCGGUUUGAAGGACCCAUGUGGACAGAAUAUCUGCCCUAGGCAUUCAUUCACGAGAAAAUGUCGACUCGAUGAGAAGUGGAUGGGAAAGCCUAGUCACGAAAAUAUCCGUGAGCGCUUCAUACACUCUGGAUGCUUUGACGACUCGAGCCCCUCAAAGACGAAUCCAUUCUCUGAUGACAACGGCUAUGUACACCAAAAUGUCUGUGCUAAUACCACAAUUGCUCCAUCAACCAGCGACAUUGCUGAGACGAGCCAUGUCCAAUCGCCUGGCACUGCGCCGCUUGAGCAGCCGGUAGCAAGUGCAGAUAAGGAAGAGAAUUGCUUCAAGCCAACCCCAGAAGCCGUGAGCAGAGUCCAUAUCUACCGUCGUGGCCGGACACUGACACAGUAG